AUGAAUCGUAUAGAGAAUGGUGUAGAAGCAGUCUCUGAUCAUGGGUUGCAAUCUUGCACCAAAGAGAAGGUGAAGAGAUCUGUUUUGGGGUCUUGCAAAGCUGAAGUUGAAUCAGUGGCUGGUAAGGAAAACCCUUCCCCAAAAGUGAGUACGUGUAAUAUCUGCUUCCGGAGUUUUGGCUGCGGCAAGGCUUUAGGUGGACACAGAAGAUCCCACUUUUUGAAGCAGCAAAAGAAGGUAAAGAUCUGUUCAACUGAUAAUCAGUCGUCAAAACCUGGUGAUAAUAACAUUAGGGCUAACUGUGAUUUUGAUGAUGACGGUGGCAAACACAUUUGUUGUAUUUGCAAGAAGGAAUUUCCUACCAAAAAUGCUUUGUUUGGGCACAUGAGGUCUCAUCCUGAGAGGCCAUGGAGGGGUGUGUCCCCUCCUAUUCAAAAGCACUCGUCUUCUCCUUCUUCUUAUUAUUAUUAUUCUUCUUCUUAUUCUUCCAUCAAUUCUGAUUCCAUGGAAAAAAACAAGGAGGAUCACGAUGUUGAUGAUGAUUGUGGUGGGGGUGAAAGGGUGAUUGCACCAGAUGAACAUCACACAGAUGUUAUUGAUCUUUCAGCUCUUAUCUCACCCAGCUGGCUUAAGAAAGAUAUAAGAGGCAGAAGUUCUAUUGGUGGGUAUCAGGCUGCUGAAACUCUUUUUUACAUGUGUGGUUAUUCUAAGUUCUUUCGUAGCGAGUCUAAUAGGGUUUUUCCCAAGAAGGAUGAAGUGCUGCCAAAGAGUACCCCAAGCCUAAUUAAGGAGCGGAAGAGAAAGAAUGGCGAAUCAUCAUCAAGUAAGAAAGAUAAGGUGAAGAAGAUAAGAUUUUUAUUUAAAGGUGAGUUGCAGUUGGUAAACAAAACUGAUGGGGUUGGUGAAUUUGAUGAUGGGGGUAAUGAGCUGAAUAAGUCCAAGGGUUCAUCUGAAUCUGGGGUUGAAUAUAACCAUGAUGAAAAGAAGAUUAUGGACGAGGGUUUUGAUUAUGUGAAUGCAGGAAUGGUUAACCCAACUGUGCAACAUGUUGGUCCUUCUACUGUGAAGAAAGGGAAAAACAGUAGGAAAUUGGUACUGAAUUCAAGGACAAAGGACUCAGAAUCUGAGAAUGUGAGUCAAGAGAAAGAGGAUAAGUAUAAAUGUACAGCAUGUGGAAAAGGCUUCCCAACUUUCCAAGGCCUAGGAGGGCACAGGUCAAUCCAUAAAGAGAAGAACAUUGUAAGCAUUGAUGAGUCAAGCCCCUUGGAAGCUGUUGCUGAACAAAACAACUCUAGCAGCUCCAGUAACAUGCAAAAGAUGGAGGAGCCAUUAUUGAAUGAAGCAACCUUAGCACAACAACCAUGCCAAUCUUCAGGUGUCAAGACACUGAAUUUCGAUCUUAAUGAGCUGCCUUCUGCUACGGAGGAGGACUGA